GCGCUCCACACCACAACCGUAGCGCCAACCGAAGAACUGUUGUUCACAGCCAGCAGCCCCGCAAUCAACUAUGACAGCUAGCGCGAGUCCCCCGCGUGGCCGUCGCACGGCCAAGGAGCUGCUCCUACUCCUCGUUCUGGUAGCCGCGCGCCACGCCACCGCCGCCAAACAAUUCCAUGUCUACGAGGAGGACCCCUACGAAGAAGACAACGCCACCGCCAACGUCCCGACGAGUACAAGUACGGUCACCCCCAAGCCGGGACCGAAGUUAGUGGUGCCGCAACAGCCCCAUUCCACUCAACCGCCGAACACCACGUUCGGCAACGUGACCCAUCAGAAGGAUGACCCACUCUUCCCCAAGGAUCUGUUCACUGAGGAGCAGCGGAGAAAUGGCGCGAUCUUGUUACACAUACUCGGUGUGGUGUACAUGUUUGUGGCCCUGGCCAUAGUUUGUGACGAGUUCUUCGUACCCUCUCUGGACGUUAUCAUUGAGAAGCUCGCCAUUCAGGACGACGUGGCCGGUGCCACUUUUAUGGCAGCAGGAGGCAGUGCUCCUGAACUCUUCACCAGUGUCAUAGGCGUGUUCGUUUCCUUCGACGACGUUGGCAUCGGUACCAUUGUCGGUUCGGCCGUGUUUAACAUCCUCUUCGUCAUCGGCAUGUGCGCGAUCUUCUCCAGGACUGUUCUGAGUCUUACCUGGUGGCCACUUUUCAGAGACUGCUUUUUCUACUCAGUUAGUUUGAUUACGUUGAUAUUGUUCUUCAAGGACAAUAACAUCUACUGGUACGAGGCCCUUAUCCUCUUCUCCUUUUACAUUGCCUACGUCAGCUUUAUGAAAUGGAAUCAACCGAUGGAAAGGCUCGUCAAGAAACUCAUCUACAAGAACAAGGUUACCAGAGUCCGCAGUACCGACCAACUCAUGCCCACGCACCAAUCGGCCGCUCAAGCUCUGUCCGCAUCAGUCAGUGUCAUAGUAGAUUCUGGCCAGCACGGAACGGUGGCGACGUCGAGCGAGACCAGCGUCGGAACGCAGCCCGGAGGCAGUGUGACAUCGAGGACGGCGUCCGAGACGCCCCAGGUGCCGUCCUCCGCAUCAUCCCACCACCACACUGGAGCCAAGUUCCGUCACGGUCUACUCCAGCUCAUGAUUCACACCAUUGAUCCCCUUCACGAUGGUCAGUAUGCAGGUAAAGUGGACGAGAAGGCGACGCAGCUGCACGCGAUCGCAUCGCUGAAGGUGCUGCUGGACGCGACGAAGCCGCAGAACGGCGCGGCCACCAGCUCGGCAGCCAACCACGUCGGCGCGGCGCAGGCCAAGCAGGAGACGAUGCUGGCGCCGGCCGGCAUCGCGGACAUGCCCAACGGCGUCGCGAACGCGCUCACGGACGUCAACCUGGACGCGCGUCGGAUGUCGUCGGUGCGGGCGCGCAAAUCGCUGACCUCACAGGCAGUCGUUUGUCUGCAGGUGGGCGGUGGCGGUAGCGGCGACGGCGGCGGCGGCGACGAAGAACCCCCCGAGGCCAUGGACAUGUCAUGGCCCUCGGGCACACGCAAGAGGAUCACCUACGUCCUCUUGGCACCCAUUGUCUUCCCGUUGUGGCUCACCCUGCCUGACACCAGAUCACCUAGAGGUAAGAAGUUCUUCCCGAUCACGUUCCUGGGGUCGAUCCUGUGGAUUGCCGCAUACUCGUACCUGAUGGUAUGGUGGGCGAACAUGGUGGGCGAGACGGUGCGCAUCCCACCCGAGGUGAUGGGACUGACGUUUCUCGCCGCCGGCACAUCCAUCCCGGACCUCAUCACGUCCGUCAUCGUCGCCAGGAAGGGCUUCGGCGACAUGGCUGUCUCGUCCAGUGUUGGCAGCAACAUCUUCGACGUUACCGUCGGGUUACCAGUGCCUUGGUUGCUAUACGGCAUCAUCUAUGGGAAGCCCGUGGAGGUAAACUCCGUGGGCAUGGUGUGUUCAAUCACGAUCCUCUUCAUGAUGCUCAUCUUCGUAAUAAUGUCCAUUGCCUGUUUCCGAUGGAAGAUGAACAGGGGCCUGGGCUUUACCAUGUUCCUGCUCUACUUUGUCUUCGUAGCGGUCUCCCUCAUGUUCGAGUACGAAUACAUCGUGUGUCCCGUUUAAGACUCGAUCCAUCUUCAAGCGAUUAAAAAUAAUAGCGUAGCUAGUAUGUUUAUGGAUAGGUAAUCAACUUAAGAAUCAGUACAAUUUGAUCAAACAUCAAAUGAUAAAGUUAGCAAAAUCAAAUAUCCCCUUGACACAGUUAGUUCUUGAGUUGAUUACCUGUUUACUAGGUGAAAAAGAGUCGGUGAAACACGUGAUGAUGAUAAACUUGGUUGCUCUUUGAGAGAGAAUUGGUGCUAAAUAAUGGCUAAAACGACCCUAGCUACGGUCCUGUCCUGUAUGGCUUGAAGAAGACGUAAUCUAAUGCGAUCACAUUAAACUGGAGCUCUCGAAUAGUUUUUAGAGACCUAGAGAUAAUGUACUGAAACCGUGCAGAAAAUGAAACACCCAACUAUUAUUAUUGUUAUAUACAGAGUGAUCAGUGCUUUGGAAGAUACUUAUUAAAUUAACAAUAUUUCGCGUAAUUCGUAAUCGUUUUAAUAUAGAUCAAUUAGAAAAAAUUGUAGGUAUUGAUUUUAAUGGCAAUAACUUGGAAAUGAAGUAACUUUCGAGGCACUUAAUUUUAAACAAUUGCCAGCAUGAAGGCAUUUUUUACGAAAGUGAAAUCUCGGAUUCUAAUUAACAUAUCAAAAUAUAAUUUAAACAGAAUAUGAACGAAAUAAACAGUCCACUUUCCACAUAACCAUUAAUAAAAAUUAAUAUGGCUAAAAUUCAAUUGUAUCAUUUUAAAUAAUAUUUACACAUGUUCAACUAGAAACGUUAAUGAUUUAUAAAAAUAGUUACAAAAGUAAAAAAUAAUAAAGUACUAGCACUGCCUGUAUACGCUUUUAUUUAGAAGUGUGUAUGUGAAGCGAUACUAAAUGUUCUCGAAUAUAAAACAAAAGUAUUAAGUGGACUGUUUAAUUCAUACUUAAAAAAACAAAAAACAUUGCACUUGUUAUGAUCCACGAUCAAGCCUAAUAAUUUCAAUUAACAUACCAAAAUUUAAUAAUAACGGAAUCCGAGUUGUUUGCAAACAAAAUAAAUUGGUGUUCAUCGAUAAAUGCACAAAAAUUGUAUCGACUUCCAUUAUUAGACUUUUGAGAUAAAAAAAUAUUGGAUGUUUAAAAAAUAGUUAAUAGACUUUUGUAUGAAUUGAAUUAAUGUCGAAGUGUUAGUGUUCAUUGUUCACUGAAUCAAAGCACAAAAGUACAGAUUCUAAAAUUUGUACUGAGUAGAAAAUUUUUGUAGUUUGUGAAUAAUAUUUUUUGAACAUCCUGUAUAUUAGAAAAAUAGUAGUUGCCCCUUGGCCAUAAAGCAAUAACCUCUUUAUCAAUAGAUUUAAAACUUUUUAAAAGUUUUUUUUAUAAAAAAUACGAUGGGGGCAUGUGUAUCAGAUAUUAUAAAACGAAAAAAAUAGUAAAUUUGAGAGUAGGUUUUAUAAUUUUAGUUUUAAUAGCGGUUUUAUGAAUAAAAUAGGAGAUUUUUUAAAAUGAAAUAAUUAAUAUAGUGAAAGAUGUGGGAGGACCUUUAAAUUUAAAGUUAAAAAGAUCGUUGUAAAUUUGGUCAACAUGAACUUUCGACUGGCGAAGAAUACCUCAAUUGUAUUUAGAACUUAAAUAAGAAUUGAAUGUUUUUAUUCAAACAUGUCUAAAAAUUUUAAAACGGGCAAAAGUUAUGUCGGCCAAAUUUAGGUAAGUGACCACACAACUUCCCGAGUUUGCAAUGUAGUUUUAAAAUUUAGUAAAAUACAUUAUACAUAUCUAGUUAGGGUUUGUAGAUAACUAAAAAUAACUAGACUUUAGUAUUAAAACGGUGUGUAGAGAAGAAAUGUACAUAAUAUUAAUAAAAAUAAUUGUUUAGGCACUGAGAUCUUACUUGGGAUGUUCCAUACCAUAUUCAAAACCAUUAAAAAAGGAAGGCAAGAAAAAGAAUAAAAUUUGUUUAAACCGUAAAUUGGAUACAAAACAUUAUUCUAAAAGAACCGUGCGCUUUUACUUUUUAAAUGACUGAGUCAACUAUUGGAACAUCUUGGAGAUCUAAUGCAAAAAGUGCCUAUAUGUUAAUUUAUUUUUAACCUAUGUGAUAUAUACCAUAGAAAAGCGUACAGAAUUGUUAACUUCAACAUACUAUACACUUUAAAAAUAAUAUUUUUAAAAAGUAAAGUUACACUGAAGUUAACUGACCUUACAUUUCUCCAAUGAACCCAAGCUCGUUGAGUACCUGAUGUAUUGUUGUUACGGGGUCUCGGAGUAAUGGUUUCUAUCACUGACUUAAUUAAUAAAGUGUAUUUAUUUACUAAUUUACGACCUAAGUAUAUUAACGAUAAAUACUGACAAAUUAAAAUUGUUUAUAAUGAUACUUCUUUCAGACCUCGUAUAUUUUCCAAAUAUAUCUUGUUGCAUUUAUUAAAUAUAUUUGUGCAAUAAAUAAUUGUUAUCGAUUAAUAUCGCUGUUUAAAAAUAUUAUAGGCACAACAAUACGGGUAUUAUUGACAAUUAGGAGUUUCAAAAAAUGCAACUCAAAUAGAAACUGUCCAUGUUUAGCUUAUGAAAAACACGUUAUUACUUUCACAAUAUAGAAAAUCUCCCAUAUUUAUUAUACCUGAUAAUUUGUUGUAAGAUUCGCUGGAGUUCAUUGGAAGAAAACGCCAAUUUUCGCUGCUAAAUACCUCUAAAACACAAUUAUUGCUUUUGUACAAAACUCGUACUUCUUGUAAUAAUGAAUGUGACAAUUUUACAACAAAAAAGUAAACGAUGUUUAUAUAGCACAAUUGUACAAAGAAAAAUAUUAUUUUAUAGAUGACUCAUGGACUUCAAAAUGCACUCUGGCAUAAGCCUACAAAAAAAACAAUGAUUACUUUUGUGGUAAAUUUUUGGAUUGCAUUUUGAUUUUCAUGAUAUAUAAUUUAUGUUUAUAUGUGAGAGAUUUAUAUAGAUAAAGUGUAAAAAUCGAAUAAUUUAAACUUAAACAGAACUGUCCACUUCAUUUAAAUACAUAUCCCUUGUUAUGUUAUUGUGAUUCUUUAAAAGUACGAUGUCUAGAAGUGGUAAAGACAAAAUUAUCUGAAAAGUAUUACGUAAAACACUUGACACGGUAUGGUUAUUAAAGAAAAUUGUUGGCAUCAAAUAUUUUUGUGUUAUCUGCUUCUAAUGGACAUUAGUUAAAUUGUGAUCUAAAGAUGUAUAUGCACAAUUUUUUUAAAUCACUAGCAAAACAUUAGUUAUAUUGCUAUGGACAUACAUGUGCUUAAAAAUGCGAUGAACUAGUUACUUAAAUAGUUAUUAUUUUUAAGUACUUAACUUGCCAAAAACAGUGUAAUGCAUAUAGUUUUACUUUGUACUAGAGUAAAAUCUAUCUGCGUUGGAGUUUAUCUAAAUACUCUCUAGAAUAUCUAUAAACAAAGUUUAAUAAAUAAAAAGGUAACAUAAUACUAAAGAUACUUACUAUAAAGUUUUAAUUUAUUUUUCGAGGGUUAAGUAAUUCAAAAUUUCAAAGCGAAUAAGAUCAGUAGUGAACAAGCUUAUCUUAUUUUAUGUAGAUACAUUUAUAAAAUGGCUAAAAUAAUCAGACUGAUUUUUUAUGAUUUUUUAAUAUUUCGCACAUUGAUGUAAACUUUUUUAUUGCUGAUCUUAUUACACAUGUUUAUCAGAUAUAUGACCAAUAAAAUUUUCCUCAUAAACAAUCUUAACAUAAAAAUACGAAUGCUUCAUUGACAAUCAAUUGAGUCAUGAAUCUGUGCAUUUUCCAAGGAUAAACCGCAAAUCAAAAUAUAAGUUUGACAAUAUAUACAGAAACGAGAACGACAAAUGAUAAUUUUAUUGGUUUUAUAUUCAAACCACCAAACAAUAUUGUACUACAAUAAUUUUAUGCAUAGAUUUGAAAAGUAAUAUAUAAUACUAUUGCUCGACAUGGAACACUCAAGGCUGUUAAAUCACCUUUUCCUGUAUACCAUCCAUCUUAAAUGUAUAGCUUGAAUAUGUUUUCUUUUGUAAAUAGUCAGUUGUUAAUGAAUUCUAGAAUUUUUUUACAGCCUUGCCUGUUCCAAACAUAUAACAAUUGCAAAACUAGUCCAGUAGGAUAUAGGCAUAUCAUAUUUCAAAUUUUCUGCUUGGAUAUUGUUAAUCUUCUAAUACUAUUAUAUAUUAAACACUUAUAUUUUAGAUUUUAGAGUAAACAUAGGAACUAUACUCAAAUAUUGUUAUCAUAUUGUGGAUAUAUACUUAUAUCUUGUUGAGAAUUAAUAUAAUUAUUAAAUAAAAUUGUUUUUCUUUGUUUAAUUUCGUUAUUUUAC